AUGCAAAGAACUGUCUAUCUAACAUCUACUCAUUUAAUUUUUAUUGAUCCUGAAGGAAAACGUGAAACUUGGAUUCUUCAUUCAUUAAUAUCAUCUGUUGAAAAAUUACCAUUAAAUCCUCAAGGUUGCCCAUUAAGAAUUCGUACAAAACAUUUUUUAUCAGCCGAAUUUACUGUGCCAAGAGAACGUGAUGGUCAGGAUUUAUAUUUUACACUAUUACAAUUAAGACCCGAUUCAUACGAAAAACUCUAUUGUUUUCAAUUUCAAGCACCCUCUUAUCUUGAAAAGGUUUGGGAUCCAUUUUUAUUAUCAACAGAAUAUAUGAGAAUGGGUUGUCCAAAUCGUGAAUGGAAAGUCGAAGAUAUUAAUUCAAAUUUUGAUAUAUGUGACACUUAUCCUCCUAUUAUUUAUGUUCCUGCUUCAAUUACUCGAUGUAGUCAACCUUUGGCUGGAUUCAGUGCACGAUGUCAAGAAGAUGAACAAUUACUCCAGUGUAUAUUAAAAACAAAUACUGUUACAGCCUCAAUGUAUAUUGUUGAUACAAGACCAAGAAUAAAUGCAGUUGUUAAUCGAGCCGCAGGAAAAGGUUAUGAAAACGAAGACUAUUAUUCAAAUAUUCAAUUUAAAUUUUGUGCCAUUGAAAAUAUUCAUACAAUGAGAAAUAGUUUACAAAAAUUACUUGAAGUAUGUGAACUAAAAAAUCCAACGAUGAAUCAAUAUUUAAAUGGAUUAGAAAAAACAGAUUGGUUAAAACAUAUACAAGCAAUAUUAGAUACAGCUGUUUUUAUUGCACGAGCUAUUGAAAUCGAAAAUCGAAAUGUUCUAGUUCACUGUAGUGAUGGAUGGGAUAGAACAGCACAAACAUGUUCGAUAGCAGGCUUACUAUUAUGUCCCUAUUAUCGUUCAAUUCACGGUGUUCGAAUGUUAAUUGAAAAAGAAUGGCUUUCAUUUGGACAUAAAUUUUCUGAUAGAUGUGGUCAUAUGGCUAAUGGUGAUGUUAAAGAACAGUCGCCCGUUUUUUUACAGUUUAUCGAAUGUGUUUGGCAAUUAACCCAAAUGUAUCCGACAGCAUUUGAAUUUAAUGAACGUUUUCUUAUAUCACUACAUGAUCAUGCUUCAUCAUGUCAAUAUGGAACAUUUAUUGGAAAUUGUGAAAAAGAUCGACUUGAUCUAAAUGUUAAAGAUAAAACAUAUUCAUUUUGGAAUUUUGUUCUUCAAAAUGUCAAUGAUUUUAAAAAUCCCGUAUUUCGACCACAAUCUGCUUAUGCAAGUGAAGUUCUUUUACCAAAUCUUACGUCACAAUCUCUAAGGUUUUGGUUAGGAAUGUAUCACCGAUUUGAUAGUGCAUUAUUAUCAAAAGAAAAUCUAACGGAUACAUUAACCAGAAUUGUUGAUCAUGCAACAGCACUUAGUGAUCAUGCAAGAUUAUUAGAAAAACGUAUUCGUGAAAUGCGUGAUAUGAUUAAUGCUCAGAAUCAUGCCGAAGGUGAGGAUGAAGAUGAACAACAAAAACGAAAAGUAUCACUUGUUGAAAUCGAUAGUGGUUUAAGUGAAACGGAACAAAUUCCAAAUAUAACUGAUGAACGAACAAUACAAUCAGUCAAUUCUGAUUCGAUAACAUCAAAAUUAAGUUCAAUAUUACGUCCAAGUGAUUCUGAAAGUGGUUUUGGUGGAGAUUCACCGAAUAAUUUACAACAUAGUACAAAAUCAUUGUAUAACAAUUCUAUUGAAAAUGAUUCACCAACACUCGAAAGAUUAUCAUUAGAACUAAAUUCUGUUGCAUUAGAUUGGAAAUCAUUAAAAUCACCUGUACACUGUUCAUGUUCAUUACCAUUUGAUUCCACUCAACGAAAGUACAAUUGUUGGCGUUGUGGUGAAAUUUAUUGUUAUCGGUGUAUUCAGGUAAAUCAUCCGUUACCCGGUCUCUAUAGUAAUCGAAAUGCGCCCGUAUGUAAAACGUGUGCAAAAGCAAUGAAAUCAUCACCAUCAUUUGCUGAUUUCACAGCAUUAGUCAAAUCGAAAUCUACAGAAUUUAUACGUAUGAAAUCUUCAUUAUCUAUCGAUAAUAAUACAACAGCGAACACUAAUAGUUUAUGUUCGGAUGACAAAUUAAACGAUAAAUAA